AUGAAGCAGCGAAGCGAGGGUCACUUUGCGAGACCGGAACCGGAGCAUAAGAGACCAGAAAAGUCCUGGACAUCGAAGCGAGGGUCACUUCGCGAGACCGGGAUCGGAGCAGAAGAGACCAGAAAAGUCCUGGACAGCGAAGCGAGAGUCACUACUACGAGACCAGGACCAGAGCAGAAAAAAAAUAAUGAUGCCACUGAAGAUGAAGACGAGUAUGAAGAGCCUGAUGUUGGAUAUGCAAUUAUUGACAAUGAAGAGUACUGCGAUAUAGGCGAUCCUACAUACGAAUGUGAACAUUGUGGUGCUUACUUCUGGUACGAAGAAAGAAUCAACAAGAAUGUCAAAGCUAAAAAACCAGAGUUCUCUUUGUGUUGUAAUCAUGGAAAGAUACACCUACCAAAGCCAAAAGAACCUCCCACAAUUUUAAAACACUUAUUAUUCGGAUCAGGUCCAAAAAGUAACCAUUUCAGAGAUAAUAUUAGAUAUAACUCAAUGUUUUCAUUUACCUCAAUGGGAGGAAAAGUUGAUGCUUCUGUCAACCAAACAAAGGGGCCAAGAACAUUCAAAUUAUCUGGACAAAACUAUCAUCAAAUCGGGAGUUUAUUGCCUCCCGAAGGAUCCACCCCCAAGUUUGCACAAUUAUAUAUAUACGACACAGAAAACGAAGUUCAGAAUAGAAUUCAUGCACUGGGUCGUGGUGAAAGAAUAAACCAACUUCAUGCUGAAAUUGUUCAAGAUCUAAAACAAAUACUUGAUGAGCAGAAUGUUUUGACAAAGUCAUUUAGAAUGGUCAGAGACAAAUUUCAGGAAGAUACUCACUCCAAUUUUAGACUCAGAUUGAUAGAAAAACGGAACUAUGAUGGAAGAAGAUAUAACUUACCAACAAUUUCAGAGGUUGCUGCUUUGGUAGUUGGAGAUUUUGAUGUAUUUAGAUGUGACCGAGACAUCAUCGUUGAAACCCAAUAUGGACAUCUACAAAGGAUAAAUGAGUUGAAUGCUACCUAUUUAGGUCUUCAGUAUCCUUUAUUGUUCCCAUUUGGUGAAGAUGGUUAUAGGGAAGACAUUCCUUUAAAUGGAAAUGACGAAUCAAGUGGAGGAAGGCAUUUUGUUAGCAUGCGUGAAUAUUUUGCAUACAAAAUUCAAGAAAGGAAUGGCGAAGUACCAACAAUUGUAAACUCAAGACGAUUAUUUCAACAAUUCUUGGUCGAUGGAUUUACAAUGGUUGAAUCGUCUAGGUUAAAGUAUAUUAGAACUCAUCAAAAACAGUUGCGAGCUCAUAUGUAUAAAGGAUUAGAAGAUGCAGUUUUACAUGGAGAGAUAAAUCCUUCUUCUCAAGGUAAAAGGGUAAUUCUUUCAUCCAGCUUCACAGGGGGUGCAAGAUACAUGAUUCAAAAUUAUCAAGAUGCUAUGGCGAUCUGCAAGUGGGCUGAAUAUCCAAAUCUCUUCAUCACAUUUACUUGCAACCCAAAGUGGCCUGAAAUUAGUAGAUUUGUAAAGAGCAGGGGCUUGCAACCAGAAGAUCGCCCAGACAUUUUAUCUAGGGUGUUCAAAAUCAAAUUGGAUCGUUUAAUAAAGGAUUUGAAAGAGAAACAAAUUUUUGGACCAGUUAAAUCAGUGAUAUAUACUAUAGAAUUCCAAAAACGGGGGUUGCCUCAUGCACACAUAUUGCUCUUUCUUCAUAAUAAAUAUCCAAAUGUUGGAGAUAUAGAUCAAAUAAUUUCAGCAGAAAUACCAGAUGAAUCGGUUGAUUCGUAUUAUUAUAAUGCCGUGAAGAAUUUCAUGAUGCAUGGCCCGUGCGGUUCUGCUAGAAAAUCGUCUCCUUGCAUGCGUAAUGGUAGAUGUACAAAACACUUUCCAAAGAAGUUUGUAGAAACUACCACAAUCGAUGAAGAUGGAUAUCCUAUAUAUAAAAGAAGGGACAAUGGUAGAACUAUCGAGAAAGAAGAUAUUGAAUUGGAUAACAGGUACGUGGUUCCACACAAUAGGUAUUUAUUGUUGAAGUAUGGUGCACAUAUAAAUGUUGAAUGGUGCAAUCAAUCUCGCUCAAUCAAGUACUUAUUUAAGUACGUUAAUAAGGGUCAUGAUCGUGUGACAGCAGCUUUUUCUCAAAGUGUGAAUGAGGAGGACUCAUCGGCUAUUGAUGAAAUAAAAAUGUAUUAUGAUUGUCGAUACAUAUCACCAUGUGAAGCUGCUUGGAGAAUUUUUAAAUUUCCAAUUCAAUUUAGAGAACCUUCAGUAGAAAGACUUUCCUUUCAUCUACCAAAUGAACAGACAGUUAUUUUCUCUGAUGAUGAUCCAAUUGAUGAUGUUGCCAAUAGACCAAGUAUAAGGGAAUCAAAGUUUUUAAGCUGGUUUGAGGCAAAUAAUACAUACGAAGAAGCAAGAGAAUUAACUUAUGCAGAAUUUCCUCUUAAGUUUGUGUGGAAUAAAAAACUAAAAAAGUGGGAAAAAAGAAGAAAUUCUAUUUUUUCAAUAGGGAGAAUAUUCUUUGUACCCCCUGGAAGUGGAGAGCAAUAUUACCUUCGAAUGUUGUUGAAUGUCAUUAAAGGACCUAAGUGUUAUGAAGAUUUACGCAGAAUUAACAAUCAAGACCAUUUAACUUUUAGAGAUGCAUGUUAUGCACUGGGUUUAUUAGAUGAUGACAAAGAGUAUAUAGAUGCCAUAAAGGAGGCAAGUAAUUGGGGAAUGCCAUCAUAUCUUAGGCAAUUAUUUGGUAUGUUACUAUUAUCCAAAUCAAUGUCACGGCCAGAAUGUGUUUGGGAGGCAACAUGGAUUUUAUUAUCAGAUGAUAUCUUACAUGAACAAAGAAGAAUAUUGGAUAAUCCAGAGGCUGAGCUAACAAAUGAUGAAUUAAAGAAUCGUUGUCUACAAAAGUUGAAAAAUUUGUUGAAAGGUUGCGGAAGAACGUUAUACGAUUUUCCAACAAUGCCAACACCGGUUUUCAAUGAAGAAGAAUUUGACAACACUAAUAGACUAAUCUGCGAAGAACUACGUUAUAAUAGGUGCUCUUUGUCUAAGGAACAUGAAGAAUUAUUUGCUAAGUUGACAAUUGAGCAAAAGUUAGUUUAUGACAGAAUUAUCAAAUCAGUGCAUGAGGAAAAAGGUGAAUUCUUCUUUUUAUAUGGUCAUGGAGGAACCGGGAAGACAUUUAUUUGGAGGACUUUGUCUUCUGCCAUAAGAUCUAAAGGAGACAUUAUGUUAACAGUUGCGUCCAGCGGAAUUGCAUCUCUUUUGUUAUCAGGAGGUCGAACAACUCAUUCGAGAUUUGCAAUCCCACUCAAUGCAACUGAAGAUUCAACAUGUAAUACCAAACAAGGUACUCCUCUGUCAAAAUUGAUUGUCAAGACAAAGUUAAUUAUUUGGGAUGAAGCACCAAUGAUUCAUAGAUAUUGUUUUGAAGCUCUAGACAGAACUCUAAGAGAUAUUCUUAGAUUUAAAGAUGCUUCCAAUUUAGAUCGACCAUUUGGAGUAAAAACGAUUGUUCUUGGUGGUGACUUCAGACAACUACUUCCAAUCAUUCCAAAAGGUACUAGACAAGAUAUUGUUAAUGCUGCCCUUAAUUCUUCAUAUUUGUGGAAUCACUGUCAUGUCUUAAAGCUAACAAAAAAUAUGAGGUUGGAAGGAAAUCAGGUGGAUUCACAUUUGAAUGAUCUAAGACAAUUUUCUAAUUGGAUUUUAGCAAUUGGUGAUGGUAUGAUUGGAAAUUCUGUUGGUGGUAUUGAAAAAGUUCACAUUCCUGAUGAUCUUAUCAUAAAUAAUUGUGGCGAUCCAAUUUCUGCGCUUGUGGAUAGUACAUAUCCAGGUUUUUUAAGUCAUUGCAGUGAUAUAACAUACCUACAACAAAGAGGAAUUCUUGCUCCCACUCUUGACAUGAUUGAAUCAAUCAACGAAUACAUGGUUUCACUAAACCAAAGUCAACCAAAAACAUUUUUGAGUUUCGAUACAAUUUGCAUGUCAGACGAUGCUUUUACAGGUUUGGAACACGUACAUACACCCGAAUUCCUAAACACUAUUAAGUGUUCUGGAAUUCCAAAUCAUGUUGUCACUUUGAAAGUGGGUGUCCCAGUGAUGUUAUUGAGAAAUACAGACCCAUCUUCAGGGCUAUGUAAUGGAACAAGAUUAAUCAUCACUAGACUCGGAAAUCGGGUUAUCGAAGCAAAAGUUUUAUCGGGAAAUAUGGCUGGACAAAAGGUCUUCAUUCCGAGAAUGUCAUUAACUCCAUCUGAUGCAAGAAUAUCUUUUAAGUUCCAGCGAAGGCAAUUUCUAAUAGUUGUAAUUUUUGCAAUGACUAUAAACAAAAGUCAAGGACAAUCUUUAUCUCAUGUUGGGUUAUAUUUGAAGAAACCGGUCUUCACACAUGGCCAGCUUUACGUUGCUCUAUCACGGGUUACAAAAAGAAAGAGAUUAAAGAUUUUGGUUUAUGACGAUGAUGGAGAAAUUUCAAAUGAAGCAAUAAAUGUAGUUUACAAAGAAGUUUUCCGUAAUUUACUUGGAGAAUGA